CACGGCACAACCCAAGGGGGGGGGGGCACCAACAAUCAGAUAAUAGUGAGGAACAGGGUCAAACUUCACUGUGAAGGAGUGCCAGCCUGUCCUCAGGGAGACCCCAGAAAAGACAAUCAUAAAUAUGGAAACAGCUAAGGGCUCAGAGAUAAAGUGGACACUAAUUCAUUGGAGUCACCCAUGACCUUGACAUCCUAACCUAUAACACUUUAGGGCUGCCAAGCUCUUAUCAGGAUACAAACUAGAGAUGCUCAGAUUUUUUUAAUUUUUAAUUCUUACUAAUCAGUGUGAUAAUAUUUAGUGGGGGUUGCGUCUUUGCCCACAUAGGUAAACUGGGUAUGUCUAUAUAGUUAUAUGGGUGUUCGUUCAGUUCUCAGGUGUUCUCAUGACCAGUACUAUGUCAUUUGUGUUUGUAUCUCUCCCUGUAUAUUUGGCAAUGCGUUGACAUUUUUACAAUUCCUGAUCAUAAGGAGGUCAGGUCAUGAUUGGGUGAGGUGUCUGUGGACAGAAAUUGUGCUAAAGAAGAACAGUUCCUAUUUUUUCUGGUUGUGUGCGGAGUCAUCUACAAGAGGACGUCGAUACAUAAAUCUGAAAUCUAAGUCAUCUCCAAGCAUGGAUGAUUUGGGCUCGAUUUUCACUGAUGAGGAGUUGCGCCUCCUGAACUUCACUGAAUGGGAAUUUGUCGAGCUUGAGGACCUUGGUCCUGUGCUGGGGCCCCGUCACCUGUCCGCCCUGGUGUUCUAUAGCUUGGUCUUCCUGCUGGGGGUCCCGGGCAACGCUCUUGUGGUGUGGGUGACGGGCUUCCGCAUGCCGCGCUCCGUCACCUCUCUGUGGUUCCUCAACCUGGCCCUGGCUGACCUGCUGUGCUGCCUGUCCCUGCCCCUCCUCAUGGUGCCCUUGGCCAUGGACCAGCACUGGCCCUUUGGCCCCGUGGCCUGCAAGCUGCUCAAGGGACUCAUCUACCUGGUCAUGUAUUGUAGCGUGCUGCUGCUAGUACUUAUCAGCCUGGACCGCUGGCUGCUGGUCAGCUUGCCCGUGUGGUGCCAGAACUGGAGGAGGCCACGCAAGGCCGCCUGGGUAUGUGUCGGGUUGUGGCUCCUGGCCCUGCUGGGCAGCAUCCCCCAGUUUGUCUACGUGAAGGAGGUCCAGCUAAGCACCAGUAAAUCAGAGUGCCUGGGAUCUCACACUAUAGUUAGCGGCUGGACUAUCACUACUGUACGCUUCCUGUUGGGUUUUGUGAUGCCAUUCAUCACCAUCGUGGCGUGUCAUUGGGUUGUGUAUAGCAGGGCCGGGCGGGGGUCUGGGGUGGGGUCUGGGAGGGUGAGUGAGGUGCGCUCCAGACGCACCUUGAGGGUCAUUUUUGCUGUGUUGCUGAGCUUCUUCCUGUGCUGGGUUCCACUGCACAUAUUGGAUUUCCUGAUCCUAUUGACCCCCCGGCAUUCAUCGCACAGCGCCAACAUACAGCUGGCCCACACCCUGGCCCUCUGUCUUGCCUACUGUAACAGCUGCCUCAACCCUCUGAUCUAUGUGUGUCUGGGACGAGGCUUUAAGCAGAGUAUUAAUCGUUCCCUGCGCAGUAUGUUAAACUUCGCCACCGAGGAGCCGCUACCCAGAAAGAGCAUGUCCAAGAGCACAUCAGAAAGAACCCUGGAGAUGAAUAUAAUGUAAAGUUCUGUGUGUGCGUGUGUGUGUGUGUGUGUGUGUGUGUGUGUGUGUGUGUGUGUGUGUGUGUGUGUGUGUGUGUGUGUGUGUGUGUGUGUGUGUGUGUGUGUGUGUGUGUGUGUGUGUGUGUGUGUGUGUAAACCAUGAGAACUUGCUGAGUCAGAGUGUUUUGUGACAUUAAAAAGUGCUGAGAGACGUGAUUCGAAUCCAGUGUUGUUUAACAGAACAGGAACUUCUGCCCUCUCUGUAAUAUAUUUCCGCCAGCAAUCACACUUGUGCAAUUACAUUUGGCUUUAUCUGUAUUUUAGGGCUCUAUUCAAUCAGAUCCGCUUUAGCUGACAUCCCCAAUAAGGUUGUUUUGGUGGUGUGAGAGGUGGAACUGUGUUAGAGCUGUCACACCAGUGCCAUAAUUACUGUAUAUAUGUGAUAACCUUUGUAUGCUUGCAAUGCGUAAUGAUGGAAAAGUACUGGGUAAAUGGAGAUGUACUGCUUUAGUUCUCAGGCUGAGAAUUGUCUGCCCCUGCUGAUAGUCACACAAGCUCAAGGCCGAGAUAGUAGAGUGAAAAACCACAGUGUAGACAUGUUUUUCUCAUCUUAGAUGCUUUGUAUCCAAUCCAGUGCAACAAUGUUAACUGCUUAGUGA